GCCUAAACUAAUACUCCGUAAUAUUUAAUAUGUAAAAGGACUUAUAAAGCUUUUAUUAAUUUACUUUAAAGUUUUAUAAUCCGUAAUCAUCAUCCCAUCCCAAUCUCCAUGCUCCCAUGGCCAUGUCUACACUUCUCUCCCUCGCUCCCAACCCUCUAACACCCAUAGCCAAUUCCAUUUCAGAACCCAUCGUCUCUCCAAAACCCAACUCCCUCUCAAGAAGGUUUCUGUUCUUCACGAGCUCCGUUUCGCUGAGCUCUUUUCUCUACUUGCCCCUUCAACACCCGCUUCCAGUAUCUUCUGCCGAGGCACCACCUCCACCCCAGUCUUCAUCAUCAUCCUCUAAUUCUUUUCUGUCAGGCAUUGCCAACACCAAGUCUUGGUUCCAGCUCUUCGGUGAUGGCUUUUCCAUUCGGAUUCCGCCUCAGUUUGAAGACACCAUAGAGUCUGAGAAAGUCAAUGCUGGGUUGCUGCUGUACGGUGAUAAAGCAAAACCAAAGACUUUUGCUGCACGUUAUGCAUCUCCUGAUGGGUAGUAUACUUAUCUUGAUCUCUCUUGCUCAACCAACCUUUUUUUAUGUCUCUUAUAUUGAAACUUCAAAUGUUUUCUUUCUAGAAGCUAACGCUUGAUGUCUUUUGGUAUCUGCAGCACACUAUUAUUUCAUUGAAAAUUGAUGAGCAGGCAUUUUAUGCUGUUCUUCAGUGCUAUUUUGCUGGUUCUAAUUAUUUGGAACCUAUCUUACGUAGACAAUGGCUUUCACGAAUCCCUUUCAGGGAAUAAAAGUUUUCCAUUUUAUGUUUUGAAAAUUCUUGCUCCUCAUUAGUUGUCCCUCCUCAAUUAUUGUUUCAUCUAAAAAUACUUGCAUGUGUUCUUUAAGGAUAGAUCUGAAGUUGUUAGCGUUGUGAUUCGCCCAGCUAAUCAACUCAAGAUUACCUUCUUGGAGGCCCAAGACAUAGGUGACUUAGGUUCAUUGAAGCAGGUAGCUAAGAUAUUUGUUCCAGGUGGAGCUACUCUCUAUUCUGCCCACUCAAUCAAAAUAAGGGAAGAUGAAGGUUAUAGGACCUAUUAUUUCUAUGAGUAUGGACAAGAUGAAAGACACAUUGCACUUGUAGCAGCCGUUAAUGGUGGAAAGGCAUUCAUUGUCGGAGCAACAGCCCCAGAGGAAAGAUGGAACGAUGAUGGCAUCAAACUUCGAUCCGCUGCUGUGUCAUUCACGGUUCUAUGAUCAUAUGAACGAAAGAGAGAUUUUCAAAAGUGAUGAGAAAAGAGAUGUGUUAACAAUAAUGAUACUGGGAGAGAAUUACCUGUUAUGCAUCACCUACUAAGAGACUUCAAAUCAUCCUUUAUAAAACAAAGAUCAGAAAAAUGUGCUUAACUUUUAUCAAAUCAUCCUCAUUAUAGCUAUCAGAUUUCUUACGGCCUGCGUUCAGAUUCACUCUAAUUUCGCAGCUGCUUAAUAGUCUUGGUCUUAGCUGUCAACUUCAAAUGAUCUGAGCCUCAACUACGAAGCAGCAAAAACCUACACAGCUAAAAACCCACAUAGACUUGGAUGAAUUGCCAAGUGUUUUCAAUCAAUUCUUCAUGAACAG